AUGAACUUGACGCUGAACUGCGAGAAAGUAGCCUUGCUUCACCAACAAGGUUCUCAACAAGCAGAGUUGUUGAGAGAACAGGGUUUUCAACAGUUUGAACUGUUGAGACAGCAGCAGGCUGCUGCUGGCGGGUCGAUGCACUCGCGUCGACCCGAGACUUUGAAGAUUGACAUCUCAAAGUAUAGGGGGGUCGAAGAAGACUCCCUCUUGAGAUGGUUCGUCGAAUUGGAUGACGCCAUAAGGGCGCGUCGCAUCGACGACGGGGAUAUGCAAGUUGCAUUUGCCCAGUCAAAUCUGGCAGGACGUGCCAAGACUUGGGUACUGGGGCUCAAGUUGCACGACCCAUAUGCGUUUGGGUCGUUGGAAGUCUUCAAGUCGCGGCUCAGACAAACGUUUGAACCGCCUAGAGCUGAGUUCAGAGCUCGAACCGAACUCUUGAAGCUCAAACAAGGUAAGCGUGAUGUGCACGCUUACGGUCUUGCGGAUGGUCCCGUCAAGACUCACCUGUUCCGGCUUGAACUAGAUUCACUAGAACAAGCCAUUUCAAUUGCGGAGCAGGAAGACUUCAGUCUGAGACAGGCUCGCGCCAGCUCGACAUCAUAUCGUCAACCGAGACGAUAUGACAACGGAGGUCCAGAGCCGAUGGAACUCUGUUAUGUAGAGAGCGAGAAGGCUCGCUCUACAGGCUACAAGAAGUUGCAGAGAUGCAACAGAUGUCAAAAGACAGGACACUACGCUUACGAGUGUAGUGCCCCUCGUCCAGUGUCUCGCGACACUGGGCGUAGUGACCGUCCACCCAUGAGAAAGGGGCAGGGACGAGGGUCCGCAGUUGGUGCAAAGACGCAACAACGGGAUGGACCGUCAAAAAACGGACAGGAUCAGUAG